ACUCGGAGCACGCACUUGUGUGUAUCAGUUGUGUAUGUGUAGUACGGCCAGUACGAGAGAGUUAUCCCCUCCACAUGUUAUCGUGUGCUAUCAAGAGUCAAGCCUGAAUGCUGGAUGAAUGCUGGUCACCGGAUCACCGCCGUCCAUGCCUUCGUGAACACUGGCGAAGGCCUGACGCGAGGUUAAAUUUCGCAACGCGAAGUUCCUGGGAUAUCGCUGUGAGAUCUUCGGCAUUUCGGUACGCCGAGACCUGUUCACAGCAAGGUCCAAAGCCAGAAGUACACAGGCGAAACGAACAAGUUAUUCUGGAAAGGAUUAAUAUCCGCCAGUGUCUCGCGCCUUAACCUCUGAUGCUGACCGAGCCGCAUACGUGUUGCGAAUAACAAUUGUGCGUUUAAGGAUACAGUGAUCAUGGCAUUCGCGUUGAGAGGGGUCAGCGGUAUAUUUCUACGUUGGAGCAAGGGUCCCCGGAGUCCCAUAAGGAUAUUACGGGUAUGCACCGAUAAUUUCUCUAUCAAAGCAAGUAUCCCAGAAGCGGAGCAAGAGGCAGAGAAGUUGAAAACACCGGUAGGGGACGGUAAAGUGUUUGAAAGCAUAGAGGAAGCCGUAUCCGAUGUACAUGAUGGAGCAAAACUUUUGGUCGGUGGAUUCGGCCUCUGCGGCAUCCCAGAGAAUUUAAUAGCAGCCAUACUAAAAAGGGGCACCAAAGAUUUAACAGUAGUUUCGAAUAAUGCUGGGGUCGAAGACUUCGGGCUGGGUAUAUUGCUGAAGGAGCACAGGAUCAAAAGGAUGAUCGCGUCGUACGUGGGUGAAAACCCUGAAUUCGAGAGGCAGUAUCUCAGCGGUCAAUUGGAGGCUGAGCUGACGCCGCAGGGUACUUUGGCGGAACGUGUGAGAGCGGGUGGCGCCGGCAUUCCGGCUUUCUACACUCCCACGGCUUUCGGCACCAUCGUACAGGAGGGUAAUGUCGUCAUAAAGUACGACAUGAACGGCAACGCCGAGAUAUCGGGAGAGGCGAGGAACGUGAACCAGUUCGACGGGCGAAACUAUGUGCUGGAGACCGCCAUCACUGGCGACUUCGCGCUCGUGAAGGCGUGGAAGGCCGACACCGCCGGUAAUCUGGUCUUCCGGAAGUCGGCGAGGAACUUCAACCCUGUGAUGUGCAAGGCGGCCAAAGUGGCAAUUGUCGAAGUGGAGGAGAUCGUCGGACUUGGACAAUUAGAUCCCGAUCAGAUUCAUCUGCCUGGCAUUUUCGUGGACAGGAUUGUGAAGGGGCUAUCUUAUGAAAAACGGAUUGAGAAACGCUCGACGAAGCAAACCAUAAAGCCUAAGAAAGUGACACCGGCUAGUAAAGCGAGGGAUAUGAUUAUUAGGCGCGCUGCUCUCGAAUUUAAAGAUGGAAUGUAUGCAAACUUGGGAAUCGGUAUACCUAUGCUUGCUAGUAACUACAUCCCGAAGGGUGUGAAAGUGACGUUGCAAUCAGAGAACGGUAUUCUUGGGUUGGGCCCUGUUCCGGACGAAGAUGACGUCGACGCGGAUCUUAUCAAUGCUGGAAAGGAAACUGUAACGAUUUUGCCCGGGGCAUCUUUCUUUAGUAGCGAUGAGAGUUUCGGCAUGAUUAGAGGAGGUCACAUUGAUCUGACUAUUCUUGGAGGCAUGCAAGUGUCAGAAAACGGGGAUUUGGCUAACUGGAUGAUACCAGGUACAAUGGUAAAAGGCAUGGGUGGUGCCAUGGAUCUUGUUUCCGCGGCGACUACAAAGGUAGUGGUAACUAUGGAACAUACGGCCAGAGACGGAAGUCCGAAGAUUUUGAAGAAUUGCACAUUGCCCGUCACAGGUCAGCAAUGCGUAGAUUUAAUUAUCACAGAUCUCGGGGUAUUUGAAGUGGUGAAAGGAGAAGGAUUAAAGCUUAUUGAGAUCGCACAUAAUAUCGACAUUAGCGAGAUUAUCAGUGCGACAGGCUGUGAAUUCAGUGUUGCCGACGAUCUUAAGGAGAUGGGGCAAGUUACAGAUGGAGACUUAUAAAUUGUAAUAUAUUUCACAAAUUGUAAAUGUGAUAUGUGAUAUGAUAAUUCAAUACCAUGAUGGUUACCUGAAAGUAAAUUUUUAAUAUAUUUUACAAGGUAUAAAUGUGCAAUUUAAAAAAUAAAUAGAGCUGUUAAUUAUAUUGUAUAGUGACGUUUCGAUGACACGUUUGUUUUCCAUAGAUAUAUCUGUACUUUUCCUGUAAAAUAUCCUAAUGUUUAAAUUAUCAAGUAAAUAUUAUGAUUAAUGCUUGAUUGAGUACCUAUUAUAUUAACUGCAACUCUUAUAUCGUACACAAUAGUUAAUUCGUUUUGUACAUAUAUUUCCAUUUGUUAUGAAUUAUUAAAAUUAUUUACGAUGUGUCACGCAAGCAAGAGAAAUUACGUUAUAUAUACUAAUUAGCAUUAUGAUAAAAUGAUUUUGUAACAUACGAAAUAAAAAUUUGUAAUAUUUUUGA